AUGGCUGAUAUUCCUGCCUACGAAGAUGUGGCUGGUUGCUCAGCUGCCUUGUUUGAAUGGGCAGAGAGCUAUGACACCAAGGACUGGGACCGUCUCCGCAAAUGCGUAGCACCGACUUUGAGGGCAAGUAUAUCCGGCCCACCUCUCGUUCGGUACGUUGUUAAUGUCAUCCAGGUCGAUUACCGCUCUUUCCUCGACAAGAUAUGGGAAGACAUGCCAGCCGAUCAGUUCAUCGCAAUGGCCUCGGAUCCGAAGUUCCUCGGGAAUCCUCUGCUGAAGACGCAGCAUUUCAUCGGCGCGUCCAGAUGGCAACAGGUUUCCGAGACGGAGAUCACCGGCCGCCACCAGGUCCGCGUGCCGCAUCAGAAGUACACCGACGAGUCGCGCAAGACGGUUGCGGUCAAGGGCCACUCGCACGGUGGGGCAACCAUGUGGUAUAAGAAAGUUGACAGUGUCUGGAAGUUCGCCGGUCUCUGUCCGGACAUCAGGUGGUUUGAGUAUGAUUAUGACCAAGUCUUCGCGGAUACCAAGGUUCACUUUAAUGAAGAGGACGGCGCGAGGGAUACCCAACACCACUAG